CAACAUUGUCACCGGCGCGCAUGCAACACGUCCCUUCAGAAACACUGGGCUGGUGCUGAUGCUGCGAGCAUCCCACGGAUUAUGACGCUCUGCAUUCAGCACCAUUUCACAUUUACACUAUGGAUCAUGACUGCUUUUCUCAUCCACGCCUGAUAAAACUUCUGCGUGUUUUGUUUUUUGCAUUAAACGAUCGCGUAUCAGGUCCGUCUCGCAUCUUAACGUGAUCAUCUCUGUUUCUGGUAAGACUUGAUAUCCGUGGGAAUCGGAACCGGGGAUUCUAACUCGUUUUGGGGUAGUUAUGCUUUCACGGUCAACUCCGAAGCCAUUGCGCGUAACAAACUGACGCUUUUUAUUUACUUGCGUUCUUUUUUGGCAUCGCCAAAAAGCUCAGAGGAGAUUUCUGAAGUCGGGGACUGAAUUGGCUUCUCAACACCAAACUGAAAAAGAACCUGUGCAAUGGGGCUCUCACUAUGGGACGGGCGUCUGUCAUGUUUCCUUCUUCACAUUUCUGUUCUCCUGCUGCUCAGCAAGGGGGAGAAGAUGUGCCCAGCGAGCUGCCGCUGCGAAGGCAAGAUUGUUUACUGCGAGUCUGGCGGCUUUCAAGACGUCCCGGAGAACAUCUCUCUGGGGUGCCAGGGGCUAUCCCUGCGGUACAACGGCCUCCUGGUGUUGUUGCCGUACCAAUUUGCUCACCUCAACCAGCUGGUGUGGCUCUAUCUGGACCACAAUUUCAUCAGCAUCAUGGACAGACUGGCCUUCCAGGGCCUUCGCCGGCUAAAGGAAUUAAUCCUGAGCUCUAAUAAGAUCACGCUGUUACAAAACGGCACGUUCGAGGCGGUUCCGAACCUGCGCAACCUCGACCUGUCCUACAAUCAGCUAGAGGAUCUGGCAGCGGGGCAUUUUCAAGGGCUUCGCAAGCUUCAGACCCUUCACCUCCGGUCAAACAGUAUCAAAAACAUUCCCGUUCGUACGUUUAUGGAAUGUAGAAGCCUGGAGUUUUUAGAUUUGGGUUACAAUCGCCUGCGGACUAUAACUCGGACGACCUUUCUGGGCCUACUGCGGCUGACGGAACUGCAUCUCGAACACAACCAGUUUUCCAGGAUUAAUUUUUUCCUUUUUCCACGCCUCUUAAAUCUGCAGGCUCUGUAUCUGCAAUGGAAUCGCAUACGGACGGUUAUUCAAGGAUUACCUUGGACGUGGCACACCCUGCAAAAAUUGGAUCUAUCGGGCAAUGAGAUUCAGGUUUUAGAUCCUGCCGUUUUUAGGUGUUUGCCCAAUUUGCACACGCUCAAUGUGGAGUCUAACAAGAUCAGCAACGUUUCACAGGAAGUGGUGUCAUCGUGGAUCUCCAUCAGCACCAUCAACCUGGCAGGUAACGUAUGGGACUGUAGCGCUAGCAUCUGCCCUCUAGUGUCCUGGCUGAGAAAUUUCAGAGGAACGAGAGAUGCCAGCAUCAUCUGCAGUACUCCCAAAUCCCUACAGGGAGAAAAGGUCAUGGACGCCGUGAGGAACAACUCUGUAUGUGAGGAGAUAUUCACGGUGGAACCCACCACGGAAUUAACUCUUCUUUUAACCACAACAACAUUUUACGUGACAAAGCCACCCACAACCACCACGACAACACCUUUCACCACCACUACACAGCUUUCUCAAGUUACCCAAAGACUUUCUCCAAAGCUUUCGUUCCCUGUUCAGUCCGAUAAAGGAUUCCCACCACGUCUCACGGUCACGGCCAGCACCUUACCUUUCACCCCGGAGCCGGAGUUCGAGCACAUGACUUUCCACAAGAUCAUCGCCGGCAGCGUGGCGCUGUUCCUCUCCGUGUCGCUCAUCCUGUUGGUGAUCUACGUGUCGUGGCGUCGAUACCCCAACAGCAUGAGGCAACUCCAGCAGCACUCCAUCCGACGCAAGCGCAGGAAAAAGACUCAAGAGCCAGAGCCCGACAUCAACUCCCAGCUGCAAGAAUAUUACCUGAGCUACAACCAUGCCAAUGUGGAGACCAUUGACUCUUUGGUUAACGGGGGGGCAUGCACCUGCACCAUCUCGGGCUCCAGAGAGUGCGAGGUAUGACCGACCGCUAACAAACGCAUUCUCUGCACCGGGGAGUCAGAGAAUGCAUAUACGUAUCCCAGACCGCUCCCGGGGCCCUGGCUGAGAGACAUCCACACAAUUCACUGAGGGAGGAGGCCGUGAGGACACGGAGCGGUGCAGAUAAAGCCUUUCUUGGAUUUGCAAACGCGAAAGAAGCCUUACUGAAAAGAAUAAAGCCGGGCGACACGCAUCUCCUCUCGGACAGAAACCAUUCAUUUCGGACUCUUUCGAAAGUGGAGAAAAUCACUACGCCAUGAAUCUGACACCCUGUCCUUAAACUAAACCGGUCCGCUAGUCAAUUCAACAAACACUAACCGUCCCCCACAACACGGCACUGGCAAACGUGAAUGGCAAAACCAAAUGUAAUGAACUGGCAAAACGGCUUUGGAGGCUGCCAUUGUUCCUGUAUGAUAGCUACCUGCUCUCUCCGUGGAAUCUACGCCCACCGUUCGGAUCUUUCCCACCUCCCGUGCCGCUCAUCUCUUUGUGUCGUGUAGUGAUGUGAUGACUAUUCAUGCCGAACCAUUGAAAGCGUCUCUCCUGAUCACUGGACAGUAAUUGCUCAAUUGAGCACAACUCACGGGGAUGUUUCUGGAGGACUACACGACAACAGGAGCUAUUUUUGACUGCUGCGGAAAAAUGAUUGAAAAGAAAGCGACGAGAGCUAUUUUGUAGGGCCGCGGCUUCACCGCGAGUUGCCACUGUGAUUUGAUUUCGGCACUGGCUGAGCUCGGACAAACCACAGGAGAAUUGAAUUGUGGGUAGAACGUGUUUGUUGUGGAUGCGUCCUUUUUGUUUCCUGUUUUUCAGAGAUUUUCCUGGAUUUUUUAAAGGAGGCUUUUCUCUUUGUCCAGACGAGUUAGCAAAGUUGACUAUUUUUGUACGAGGACCUGUCAUCAUAACUCGAUGAAGCGUAGAGAGAUGGACUUCAAAACAUUCACAUGCGUGUUUUGGAACAUUUGCAUCCGAAUGCCUUUCUUCACCACACGUCUCCAGCCACCGAUCGAAAACAGCAACUGGAUGUUUUCUAGAACAAAAAACAGUACUACAACAAAACCUGGUGGAACAUCAAGCAGCUCUCAACUGGUGGGUGUCAAGCCAAAAACAGGUCACGUGUAUGCUAGGGUCAAGAGGGGCAGUGAAAAAAUGAUGUGAAAAUGCGACUAACCAUCAUUCGUAAUCAGAGCAAAAACAAACGUUUUUCAUCUUUUGUGGUCGACAUUGAAGGCUGUGCCAUGCAAACACUUUAGCUUGGUAGAAUCAGGCCAGAUUAUACAGAUGCCAACGUGGACGGGCUGAAUGAAAUGCCAUUAUCACUGAAAACCAUGAAUAAAACCACACACAAAAAAAUGCUGUUGUUUUAACCCCUGCUUGGGUAAAAUAUGGACAAACCCAACCGUUGGUUUAAAUGAACCUUAAAAAUAUCAAUUUUAACCCAACCAUAGGUUGAAAAACCCCAGCAUAUGUUAAUUUGAACUCAACGGAUGGGGUUAAAUGAAUAAUAUUAAGUGAAAUAUAAAUUGUGCAUGUAUGAAUAACAAUUAUUCAUAAAAAUCAAGAAUACACAAGCUCGACAAACCUGGUUUGUCACAUUAUUAUCAGACCUUUGGCAAAAUUAAUACAUUUUAAUGCAAAAACAAAGCUGGGUUGCUUCAACCCACGGUUGAAUAGCAUAUGGACAAACCCAUCCGUUAACUUUAAAUUAACCUAUGUUGGGUUUCAACCCAUGUUUGGGUCCAAAAAUGACAUUUCUUAGUUUAUUUAAACCAAUGGUUAAUUUGUCCGUUUUUUACCCAACCAUGGGUUAAAACCGCCCAGUAUUUUUAAGAGUGUGGUACCGAAGUAAAAUCCCAGUUGAGAACUGCUGACAUAAUCAUCUGUGCCAAGUUUUUCACACUUAACCAACCACAUUAGCUUCCACAUUAGCAGCACCAUAAGCAGAUUUACAGUAUUUCUGGCACAACGGUAACAAGCCACAGGUAACACGUGCAAGAGACAAAGUGCAUUAAUGAAAGCCAUGGCAAGGAUUAUGUAGAAAUGCACACCCACCGCCAUCUGUCCGGGAGCCCCCACGACUGUUACGUAAUUCUUUUAAUUGCAUUCAACAGAAAAGUUAACAUACUGUAUAGCUGCUCCUGUAACAAGCUGAAUUACAGUGAAACCUGCCAAGGCUAAUUCAUAUCUUUCGAUAAAGUUACUGGCUGAAGAGAGAUGAAUUGGAGUUGAAGAUAAUAUGCUGUAACGAUGUAGGAGUGUUCCCGUGCGGUUGCUAGGGCAUUGAUAAAUGGUUUCUAGGGUAUUUUUGUAGUUGUUUACGACUACAUUACCUACAUUCUCAAACAAGUCCACACGCUAUAUGUGGCUUGGGCUCCUCUUUCAAUGUUCAUAAAGCCAAACUUUAUCAAAAUCAUGAUUCGUACCUUUAGAAAUACUGCAAUAGCACACUUCAACAUCAACAAACCAUGUGAGUGGCUGCAAACAUAACUAAAGACAGCUUAAACAUUUUCUAUUACGUGUUCUUUAGCGAGAACUGGCCACCCUUAAAGAUUCUUGUAUGAAAAAAAACGUCAAUCUGCCAGAAAUCUAUCAAUGCCACUGAAUCAGUGGACAGACUGCAGGGGUUCUGCCUGGUGACUUGUGCAAUUUAAAGCUUUACUCUGUGAUUUAUGUCAGAAAUUUCUAACUCAAAGGUACAAAAAACAUAACCAAAAAUGGUCAUCUCUGAUACUUUUCCAUGCCAUCUAGUCAAAAGUAAGAAAAGAUUUCCUAUGAUCAACUUCUCUUGAAAAAUCCAGACGUCUUUAUGGUUGCAUUAAAAAAACAUUUCCAUAGUUUACUGCAGUCAAGACAAACACAUAUAUUUUAGUUCCUCGUCCCUUUCUUAGAAUUAACAACGACCUUCAGUUUGUAAAGCAAGACGAGAAUGCUGCUGAUGAAAUGAUGUUGUUUUUUUAAAUGUCAUAUUCAACAACAUCCUAAUCAACAAUACAUUUCUAUAUCUGAAUUUCUAUUGCAUUAGAAAACACCAUAUGUUGAUGUUUUGAAUGUGUUUGUGAGGGUUUGUUUAUAUGCCCAGCCCAUUUUAAAAAUGUGUUAACUAAAAUAAUACAUAUUUCAACCCAAUCUCAGUCUUUUAACUAGUUAAAAACAUUCUAUAUUUAUUCAUUUUAACGCCAUAUCAGCACUAAAAGCUAUUCAUGGCAAACUAACACAAUUUUACACCAACAAAAUACCAAUAUCAACAAAAAAAUGUGUCAUUAUACACAACGUCUAAAGGUCUUUGCACAUACAGUCCGAAAUUUUCGUAUGCGUUUUCGUAUUUGGCUCUUGUUUGUACGGUGUCUCUGAAUUGUUAAAAAAGGCCACUCAAAAUGCUUGACGGAUGCGAAAAACGCAUAAAAUCGAACCUGGUCCGAAUUUUUUUGUGACGGACGAAAAUAUCGGAGGCAGUGUGUAAAUGUGAUUGACACAACGUGAGGUCGUAUUUAUUUUUUUAACGUGCGGAAAUUUCGGACGCAAAUUUCGGACUCAAUGUGCAAUGGGCUUAAGACUAUUAAAAUCUGGGAUGUCAACUAUUUUUAAACCAUCUAUAUCCUAGUACACUCUCCCACGCUACACUACAAAUUGCUGUAUACUUUUUCUCAUCUGGGAAAUUUAGACCAAAAGUUGAUUACUCAUCUUGCACUUACUGGUUUAUGUCCAAUAAAAAACAAUGUUCCGCCCACAGCUAGCAUAAACAAAACUGAGAAAACAUGAAUGGAUUAGCAGGUUUAACACACAUUCAUGUAGUCCUUUCCAGUUUAUUAAAGCAAAAGAGAUAUUACUAUUAUGUUAUGAAAUAUGUUGUUUUUCAAUUUAACAUUUACAUGCUAAUAACACAAUCUAUAUAAAAAAGAAAAGAAUCUUCCUUGUAAUCUCAGACUUUUGGACAUCUACAUAUAUAAUUUACAUUUAUAAAAAUAAAAUUCGCAGCAUAAUCUGAAAGGUCAGUUUAACUACGCUGACAAUUGUCUGAAAGAGGUUGAACUGCUUCUUACAUAUCGGACACAUUGUGCAUUAGUGGAAAGAGAACAAAAUAACCACCUGUUAUUCAUCACGUCAGGUACAGAUGUGCCAGACUCUCAGACAGACUGCGAGACAUAAUGUGGAUUAGCUCAGAAAAACAAAUCUCAUACUUUUACUUCCCCAAAAUUUUGUUUCCAGUAAUACACAUACAAUGGACGUAUAUUGGAGCAAGGUAAUUAUAUUUUAAGGACUUACAUUCAUUCUAAUAAAUUGAAUUGGGUAUUUUUGAGUCUAACUGGUAUAAUUAUGGUUUGUCACCAUGUAAACUUACUGGUAUCCUUGCAUGUGUCAUAUAAAGAUUACCGCAUUUACAUGGUCACUAAAAUAGUGGAAAUACCCCAGAGACUUCCAUUAGCUACAUUUUUUAACAAACGGACAGGCGAACAUGUAGAAAUAAAAAUCAAGUAGCUUAACUUCUAUAUCACAUACAUCACACUGUGACAAACUCUGCAUCUAUGUUUUAUGUAUGCUCAUUUUCCUCUGUGGUAACUGUUAACAUCAGAACACAUUUCAUGCAAACCACAGCAGAAGACGUGUUCACAUGUACAGACUUCUCUCCUUUGACCUCUGCUCCAACAGUUGAUAUGUUGCUAUUUGUAUUUUUAACUGUAUCCUCGGUAUGUCUGUGGCUCUUCUUUAGAAAAAUAAAUGAAAUACUUUCAUAAAACUUG